AGUCUCUGAAGUACCUCAGUGAGGAAUGCUUGGUCUGCCUGCAGUUUGUAAAAAUAUCCUCUGCUGAAUUAAAAAGCCUUGAACAACCAACCAGCCUUGAAAAAGUGUUAACAACCAAGUGCAUCUUGUUCAGCUACUUUGAUAAAAACAUUAGUGAGGCUAUCGAGAAGCUAAAGGAAAUAAAAGACAAAGGAAGGGAUGCAACAACCAAGAAAUUACGCAUGUUCUCCCUGGUGUCAAGCACAGAUGAAGAUCUCCAAAUAGAGGCCUACAAUCUGUACAGUAAAGGUCUGGAAUAUGUGUUUUCCGUGGAAGAGCAGCCUCGGUUCCCAUGGGAAGCUCUGCUGGUGUUCUGUCUCGGAAUUCUGCAGAUUGUUGGAGGGGCACUGCUCACUGCCUUUACGUUUGGAACAUUAGCUCAAGUCGGCAUGGGGCUGAUCAGUGAAGGAAUAUCAGACUGCAUCACUGGCAUUGAGUCCAUGAUUACAGGAGAAUUCAGUUGGCAAUCAUGGGCUAUAGAAAAAGCAAUAUCUAUUGGUAUUUCUCUCAUUGGGUUUGGGGUUGGAAAGCUGAUUACAAAGGGCUUCAAAGCUGCUAAAAUGUUGGUCAAGGGACUAGGAAAAAAAUACCAAAGUUUUUCUCCAAACAGGUUAAAGAAGGCCUUAGCGUUGUUACAAAGACAAACAUGAAGAAUGCAGUGAAACAAACAGCAAAGAAAAUGGCAAAAGAAAUCAUUAGCUAUGCAUUUGGGAAGGCAGAAGAUGCUGUAUUGCAAGAAAUACUGAAAGGCAUUAAGAAUGAGAUGACAAAGGAUAUUGCAAAUGAUGUAAAAACCAACAUGGAAAAGGAUCCUUUGGCUGGAUUGGUAGACUCCAUUUUGCUCUCUCACCUUGAGGAUAAAAAACAAAUGUCUGAUCUCCUGCAGGAUAAGAACAGAAAGAGCAAACUUCUGGGUAUUUUCAAGCAGAUAAGCAAAACAGCCUUACAGCCAUUCUACGCUGACCUCGAAAGGCAGAACAAGCUGAACUCAUCCAUCGCCGAGAAAGUGAAACGAAAUGAUCUGUCUGCUUCAGAAAUGAAGAUCCUGAAAGACUUCAAGCAGGAUUUAGCCAACGAAACCAGUGCUUUAUUAGCAGAUGCUUUGGUAGAAGUGUUCCACCAAAAGUUCUCCAGUCACUUUGUUUCCAAGGCCGUAGGCCAAGUGAAUAAUGUCAUAGGUGGUUAUGUAAGAACUGGCUUGAAGAGUGAAAAAACAGAGGACAAACUCAGGGCUGGACAAAACAACAGAUACAUCUCAUACAUGUCAGUAGACAUGAAUUCAAAACGUAAACAGGACAGAGAGUCUGGUAAACGCUCAGAGUCUCAUGCUGAAAAGAUCAAGGACUCCUCGACAGCCACUACUAUUCUUGAUAUCAGAGUCCUAUCAGAAACCACUGGCACUAAGGUUGUCAUCCUAACACAGGACAGCCAUGGCAAGCUUACCAAAAUGCAGGAGCUGAGCCCGAGCACCAAAUCUGCCAGUCAAACAGUGACACUGAUUUACACACCAAAGAGUUCACAACACCCAGACGGCCAUUAUGAUGUGUCCAUCAAUAAUAAGACGGUGAAAGUAACCAGCAAAGAAAAGAGCAGCCUGUUUCAUGCUUUGGCACAAGGCAUGAAACCAAAGGCCACCAAAGAAGAGAUUGCCUUGGAAGCAGGCCGUCUCCGAUCUUUGGAGGCCGACACUCUAGUGAAACACUCGGAUCGAUGGGAGCCUUUCAUCAAGUACAAAGAGAGGACGGAUGAAAUCAGAGGAGGGGACUGGUAUAUGGCAAAGGAAGCUGGACUAAAAAAGACAGUAAAAGAAAACAAAAAGGUGAUCAAGGAUGGAAAAGUGAAAAAGUACAACGACUGGGUAAAACAUGUAAACAGCAAGCCAAGCACUGGACAGUUCAUCAAAGCAGCUCACCAACCACCAGUGAGUAGUAUAUCGCAAGCUGGAGAAUUGAAUCAGAAUAGCAAAUUAGCCAAAGCAAUGCUUGAAGUGGCAACAAAGUCAACUGCUGAAAAUUAUAAAGGCCUUGGACUUCCAACUAUUUAUGCCAACAGAAAUACAACGAGUUUCCUAGGACAAAACAACAAAACAAUUCAGGAACUAUUGGCUCGGCAUAAUCAGCCAGGAUAA